AACACACCAUGGUUAGUUUUACAUUCACAAAUACGAAGAAACCAUGGCGCGUGUCUUCAAGAAAAUGACCAUUUCUGAGAAGGAGUUGUCCCUAUUGGUUAAUGUGCAUCCUGCACCAUUGUAGACUGCAUUUUUGCCUGUGUAGAAAUUCAUCACCUCUGUUAUUUUUUUCUGUGUCUUGACUUUGCCACUCACUUCCUCAGCUCAUGAAGAUUGCGGGUACGAGGAGUCACGGUGCUGCUCUGCUGCCUAUGACAAACAUGCUGGAUGUAGAAACUUCAUAGUAACUUUUGGUUUGCUCACACAAACACUGCAGGCGAGCCGAAGGGCAAGAUCGAACGUGUUUGGAAGUGUAAAAAAAAAGAAGAAGAAUCAGAUCAGCAGAGGAAGGAGGAAGUAAAGAGAAGAAGAGGGGCUGACUGGAAAGAAUGUACACUUAGAGUUGACUGUGUGUUUUGUGAUUGUUUUUGUGUGUGCGUGUGAGCGAGAGAGAGAAUGUGUGGUGUGUGAGUGUGUGUGUGUGUGUGUGUGUGUGUGUGUGUAACCUUUUGGUCCGAUUUUGAAGAAAUGUCUCUGAGACUACCUCAUAACUGGGACUUCAGCACUUUCAGAGCUGAAACAGCUAAGAUAGCUCGCUCCAAGAGUGUUAUGCCAGGGAAGAGCCCUGGAUCCACUCACACCGGUUUUAAGAGAUCCAUGGAGAAACCUCUGAAAACAGGCUGGCUGAAGAAGCAGAGAUCCAUCGUAAAGAACUGGCAGCUGCGCUUCUUUGUGCUGAGAGGCAACGUCUUAACAUACCACAAAGAUGACAGAGAAAAUGCUGUCCAAGGAACCAUCCCUUUAUUCUCAUGCCAAGUUAACGAGCUGCCAUCUAAUGCGGAUGAUAAAUUUCUGUUUGAGAUUAUCCCAGGUAGCAGUACAGACCGGGAGCGGGAAGCCUAUGUUCUCAUGGCAACCAGUCAGAGCGAGAUGGAAGAGUGGGUGCGCUCCAUUCGCAAAGCCAUCGGAUCACGGUCCAAUGGAGUAUUUGGAAAGAGCCUUUCGGAUAUGAUGGUGUAUGAGAAGAAAUUUGGACCACGUCUGGUGCCCAUCCUGGUGGAGAAGUGUGCUGAAUUCAUCAGAGAGCACGGUCUGAGUGAGGAGGGCAUCUUUCGCCUGCCAGGACAGGACAACCAGGUCAAACAGUUCAGAGAGGCCUUUGAUGCCGGAGAGAGGCCGUCAUUCCCCAGUGACACCGAUGUCCACACGGUGGGGUCCUUACUUAAGCUGUACCUCAGAGAGCUUCCUGAACCUGUUGUGCCUUGGACGCAGUAUCAGGCCUUCCUUGACAGCACUCUGACGCUGGAUGCCGCCACUGCAGCGGGCAAAGAAAAGCUGGAGGUACAAAUCAGCCAUCUGCCGAAAGUGAACUACAACCUCCUGAGUUACAUCUGCAGGUUCCUUUUUGAGGUCCAACAAAACUCAAAGGUGAAUAAAAUGAGCGUUGAGAAUCUGGCCACGGUGAUGGGAGUGAACCUGUUCAAGCCACAAGUGGAGGACGCCAUCAGUAUGAUGAAGGGAACACCCAUGAUACAGAAGGUAAUGACUGUGAUGAUCAGACACCAUGAGCUGCUUUUCCCACCCUCUAAAGACGCGCAGCCAUCUCCUCUACCGAGCAAGAAAAGCAAAAGCAAGAAGAGCAGUAAUCCUCGCAGUUUUGUGGGCUGGGAGUCUGCAGAGUGUGAAGUGUCCUCCCUUUCUGAGUCUCCGGAGGAAGAGGAAAUGGACACACCUGAGGAAGAGAGGAAGGACCUGUGUUCAUCUGACACAGGAUCAGAAGGCACGCCUCUUUCUCCUUCCUCGCCAUUUUCAUCCGCAACCGACACAUGGCCCGACAGCCCCAGAAAAAGAACACAAACUCUACCCAGCUUAGGCUGUCUGCCAGCGGGAAAAGGCCGUGAGCCUUCUUGGGAACGCUGGAGCAGGUUCCAGGAGAGCUUUAACGAGAAUGAAGAAAAAACAUUCUCAGAGGACAUCUUUAAAUUACUCGACCUGCAGAAAGUGACACUAUUUUCUGGAGGGCAGAAAAGUGAAAAGGAAAAUGUUGAAGGACAGAAGGACACAGACUUGAAUAAGACAGGUAGUGAUGUCGUGGACAAACAGAUAGAUGCUGUAAAAACACAGGCACAGAGCACAACCCUUCCCAAACCUCGGGUAAGGAACGAUGUGACUGCACCAGCUGUGAGCCAAGAGAAGCCAGCGGAACCUUCAACAGAACCUGCUCUAAAGAAAAGCAAUGCAGCACCACUAGAAAACACAGACUCAACAAACAUCAUCAACAGUCUCCAGCAGAAGAACAAAGAGCUGAGCGCUACAGUGACGGAGCUGCAGGCAGCACUAGAGGCAGAGAAACGCUGCAAAGCUGCAUUAGAGAUCCUACUACGCAAUGCAGAGCGCAGCAGGGAUGAAGCACUUGUGCGCAAUGAGCAGCUGAACCGAGAGAUUCAAGAGUUCCUCAACAGACCGACUGCUGGACCGUCAUAGUCACGCCAUCACGCGAACAUAUUUCAAAUGAAGUCCUGUGUAGCCCCUCAGGAGUACACCACAAGCUGGACAACUCCAUCUGGUUUUACACCAUGAACUGUUCAGCAGAAUGCCUUCAGAGUAAGACUAUUGAUAAUGUCCAUCUCCCAGGACUUCGAUACAGUAUAUGACACCUUAUGUAAAGAAAUGACAGAUUUGAUUUACUUAGACGUAAGACAAGAUGUGAAUUUUGAAGCAAUGCAGUAUUUUACUAAACAGUUGAGAGUAUUUAAUGACCUUUUUAUUGAAACGUUAUCGUAUUUUAUAAUGAAUCUCAAAGAAAUAACUCCCCAACAAAAACUAAAAUGGUCAGAUUUGUUUUUAAAGAGCCUUUUUAUCGACAAGGAGAAGUCUUUUCCUCCGUUAAUUAUUAAUUAUAAAUUAAAACAAAAUCUGUUGUGGCAAAGGUUUAACAUAGUUAUUGUUUAUGUUCUCACCGGACUGUGUUAGUCUCCAUUAGAGUUUGUGAACAAUUUGAUGAAAAGGGCAAAAAGCACAAAAUGUGGAUUACUGUCAGUAAAUAAACCGUUUUUAUCUGG